AUGACCUUCCAAGCCCUCAAACAACCAAAAUGCCUCCUCCUCCUCCUCCUCCUCCUCCUCCUCCUCCUCACCCCAACAUCAAUUCUCUCAACUCCAAAUCCAGCAGCCAAUCCCCAGACUAUAUACUGGACCACAGCAGCCACCGUAACAGUAACCGCAGCACCACCACCUCCGCAACCCCCAGACCCGAGUUUUGCUUUCGACGAGACGUUCAAGAGCCAGAUACUUGCCGAUCAAAACUGGUAUUGGGCACAACAUGAUGCGGUUCCUUUAGUGUGGAACGAGGAAUUGGAGGAGAGUAGUCGGGAUUGGGUGGGGAGGUGUUAUUUCGGGCAUAGUGUGAGUUAUUUACUUUAUCAUUUUGUGAUCGGGUUCAGAUAAGUUCUAGGGGAAUGAGUAG